AUGAGAUCCCCUAGUGGCGUCUCUGCAUCUGGGAGGGCCCCUAGGGGCGCCACCGCCCUUGGGAGAGCCCCCAAGGACCGCCGCUGCCCCUGGCAGGGCCACUGGGACCAUCCCUGGGAGAACUCCUGGCGGCGCCACCGCUACUGGAAAGGCCACUGGGGCGCCACCGCCCCUGAAAGGAUCCUUGGAGACGCCCUAGUCCUUGUCAGGGCCUCCGGGGGCUCCGCCGCUCCAGGAAGGCCUCCUGUGGGCGCCGCUGCCCCUGGGAGGGCCCAGGGGGGCACCGCCGUCCCUGGCAGGGCCCCGGGGGGCACCGCCGCUUAUGGAUCACCACGCAGAAGCCUCAGAGCUAUCAUGAGGACCCCUGGGGGCGCCUCCGCCCCUGUAAGAACCCUGGCGGCGCCAGAGCGCAUGGAAAAGACCCUGGCGGCGCCAGAGCGCAUGGAAAAGACCCUGGCGGCGCCAGAGCGCAUGGAAAAGACCCUGGCGGCGCCGCCGCCCUUGGAAGGGCCUCUUAGAGGCGCCGCCGCCCUUGUAAGGGCUCCUAGGGGCGCCUCCGCAUCUGGGAGUACCCCUGGGGGCGCCGUUGCCCCUGUAAGGGCCCCUGAUGGUGCCACCGCUCCGCCGAGAGCCUUAGAGGCACUGACGCCCAUGGCAGGGGCCCUGGGGGCGCCACCGCCCCUGGAAGGAACCCUGGGGUCGGCUGCCGCCCUGGGAGAGCCCUUGGCGGCGCCGCCGCAACUGGGAGGGCCACUGGGGGCACCACAGUCCCUGGCAGGGACUCUGCCGCCCCAGGGAAGGUCCCGCCACCCCUGGGAGGGCCCUUGA